AUGUCUAAUAAAAGCGAAGAGAUGCAGCAAUUUCUUGACCAAAAUCAGUAUUCCAGCAACAGUAUUCUUCGCUAUGAGAAGAUUUUUGGACGCGGUUUUGUUAGUAGCGGAGGUCUCGAAACAACCAAGGUAGGGGAACGGAAAUGGAAGAGUUUUGUUGUACAUUUCAAAGACUGUUAAGCCAGAUUCAUUGAACCUGGUUAAAUGAAGUCUACCGGUUUUUAACGAGGAUGAAAUCGAAAAUUUUAUCUCAAUUUUUUAUUGUUUGAAAGUCAAGGGGGAUUGUAAAUAUUUCAGACUGGUCAGACUUUGGACUGUAAAACAACGAGCUUAUAUUUAAGAAACAAACCUGAUCCUCAGUCGACUCGGGAAAUUGCCUGGGGUUUCAGCACAAUCCUUUUUCGAUGGAAAACAAAACUAACUGUUUCCCUCAGGAACUGACAUUACGUGUAUUAUACCUCCCUGUCUCCUAAUGAGGAAAUGGAACAGCACUGAUCUUGUUUUCCUGAGGGUUUAAAUUCCUUUUAUGCUGAAGGGUAAAAUCUAGGAAAUUGUACAUCGGGAGGGCCAGAGGGGGCGAGAGGGGAAUUGAUCUUAAAAGGAUUGUGUAUCAGAUGCCUCAAAAUGAAUAGAGCAGAGAGUAACUAUGUGUCCUGGUCGUUGAUUCAGUAUUAAGCAAGUAGCUUUUCUUAACUCAACAAUUCAAAUCAACUACAAAUCUGCUGGGCCCAGGGGGUCCUCCCUAUAAUGGCCUAUACGGGGAGGCUCUGCCCAAAAGGGGUACCUUUCAGGGGCGGAUCCAGGUUUUUUUUAAGGAGGGAGUGCACUUGUCUCUUGCUCUACUUCAACACCAAUAAACCACAUAGUUUUUUUUUGGCAGAAUACCAGUUGUAUUAGGAAACCGCAGGUCAUCUCAAGGGGGGGGGGUGUGCACCCCCUGCACCCUCCCCCUAGAUCCGCCCCUUCCUUUUUCAGGUGUCAGGGAUAUGAAAGGGUAGGGAUUUCACUAGUUGAAGCCCGUGAAAGAGUGUGUUGGGAAAGCUGUCAUUGCGGUCUGUAGAAGGACCUGAAAGGGCUAACAGAUGCAUUUUUUUGAUUUAUGGCAGUGAAAAAGACAAGAGAACUUUACCGUUUGGUGGUUUAUUCAUAUUUAAAAGAGGACACAUUUACAGCAGUUAAAAAGAUGCAGUGUUCUAAAUUAGUAUGUGACAGGGGUACCAUUUGUCAAUUUUUGUAAAAGGUGUACGAAAGGGGGCCCUUUUCUGUCAAAAGUGGUAUAUAAAAGGACAAGGGGUUGUACCUUGGAAUCUUGUUGAAUUCCCCCCCCCCCCCCACCCCCCAUAAGGGAGUAUAAAAUAUGUAGUGUUCUUAAAUAUGAUGUUGUGGGGGUUCCAUUUUGUAAUUUUUUUAAAAGGUGUGCGAAAGGGGGGCCUUUUUUGUCAAAAGGGGGAUAUAAAAGGACAAGGGGUUGUUCCCUGGAAUCUUGUUGAAUUCCCCCCCCCCCCAUCCCCUCUGGGAUCAGAGGCUUCAUAAUGAAUAGAGCAGAUGCUUACCAUUCUCUGUUUUUGUCAUGGCUUUUAUUCAGUUCAGACAUGAAGCUUUCCUUAACUCAACAGAUCAAUGGAUGGGGCAGCCCAAUGAUAAUCUCCACUCAGUUUCUUUGUAAAAAACAAGUCGGUUGUCACAUUCCGUAUGCCCCAUGCAGGGAGGAUAGCAGCAGCUGUUUGUCAUUCUCUGUUGUUUUCAAAAUAAUGCUCCUUGGAGGAAUGCAUAUUCCCAAGGACAUUUGACAACAAUAACUUAUGCAAAAUUUGAGGGGCAAACAGGGUGUAGUAUGGGGGAUGUGAAGGCUGCAUUUGUGAAAUUCUCUUUGUAGACAGCUUGUCCAGAUCAUAGGAAUUCAAUUUGUUUAUUAUUUUUACUCCUGUUAAUUAUAACUUGCAAGUGCACAUAUAUUUGUUCAAGCUAAUUUACAGACACUCCACUCAUGAAAUAAGAAUUUGAAACAACUUCUGAUAAUCAAUAAUCACCUCUGGACCCAGCUCAUUUUUCUCUUUCUGUCUUUAUUUUCUCUAGGAAAUUGUAGCAAUGCUUAGUCUCAAGCAAGGACAAAAAGUACUUGAUGUUGGGUGUGGAAUUGGUGGUGGUGCAUUUUACAUGGUGAAGGUAUGAAAAAUUAUCAGAAUGGCACUGCAAAUAAAGUUUCCUUGCGGUGCUCCAAGUGGCUACCAUUAGAUUGGGGGAACUAAAGUUAGAAGUUGCUUAUUCGGGGAGAGAUGUAUUUGGCAGUCUUGUGCCAAGCCAUAGUGCUUUUAUUAGUUCGUUUAUGGUCUUUUUAAAGCUAUGGUAAAUGAGAUACUUCUGAAAAUUAAGGAUUGGAAAACUUGCAGUUAUCUAUAGCUAUUCCACUAACAUGUGAAAAAAACUUACCUACUUGAACGGAUCAAAUUCUCUUUAAGGCCUUCAUUCAUUGGGAUAUUAAAUAGCUAUAAAUAACAGCAGGCAUUGUAUUCAUCAUUCACGACUCUGACUCUUAAAGCUGAAAUAUUGUACACCACUUUGCGCCAUCUUCUUACAAGUUACGAUGUUGGUUUCUGUAAUGACAUGUUCGUUCCUUAGUGUAGUUUUUUUAACUACUAUAUUUCAAACUGUCAGAUGGUUCUGGAUUUCAUCCAUUUUUUUUGUAAUCAUAUGGUUAUUAAACAGAUUUUGUCACGUGGCUAAUCAAUUGUAUAAUCGCAAACCACUCCACCAAGUCCUACGGUGUAUUACUGGUAUUUGUUAUUUCCUAUCCAUGAAACUCUCAAACAGCUCUUAGAGCCAGGCAUUUAAUUUUUCUUUGUAAUAUCACUGCUUAGUCAGUGUCGAAAUGUCAAAAUGAUUUUAAAAUUUAUUUUAGAAUUUCAAUGUGGAAGUGCUUGGUGUUGACUUGUCAACUAACAUGAUUGACAUUGGAAAACAGCGAGCCAAGGAGUUUGAGGAUGAUAAGGUAUUGAUGUCUGAUGGCUUUGCAGUCUCAAUCUCUGUAUCCCCUAAUUUUGAUAAUUAACUAUAACUAACACUGAAUUUAGUUGCAAUAUGAUAUUGAAUGUGUAUGUCAGCUGAUCAACAACACGGAUGAGUCAGGAGCUAAUGCCUGUAACAGGCUUGUAUUGGAAAGCAUUGUAUCAGUGGAAAACUCAAAUUAAACAAUAAAAUACUUCAUUGUUUGCUUUGUCAGUUUUCUCUUUUAUUACUCAGUUUAUUAUUAUUAUUAUUAUUGCUAAUUUUCUUUACAUUUUUACCAUCCAGGUUGAGUUUGUUGUUGCAGACAUAACAACUGCUGACUUCAAACCAGAAUCAUUUGAUGUCAUUUAUAGCAGGGACACAGUUCUUCACAUUGAGGAUAAGAAAUCACUUUUUGCAAACUUUUUUGUAAGUUUACUUUUUGUGACGUUUUACGUAGUUUUUGAUCAAUAGACACGAGUAUUCACGUGUCGGCGCCGAAAGCUAUGCGGUAUAGCAUGAAAAUAACCUAACUCAUACUGCACAAGCAAUUUUUAUAUUGAUACAUAUUUAGUGACUCUAUUUUAUGGGAAUUUUCAUCUCUUGACAGAAAUGGCUGAAGCCUGGUGGUGAACUUCUCAUAACAGAUUAUUGUCGCGGCUCCAAUGAGCUGUCUGAAGCAAUGAAGGUGUAUGUGGCAAAACGCCAUUACCAUCUUCUCACACCAGCCGACUAUGGGAAGGUAAGAGGUUUUCCCAUGGCCCUGUUUGCAUUGCGCAAACUUUUUUUAGUUUUGCUAAAAUUCUUUCAACAGGAAGUCAUUUCUAGUGCGAACAAUUUUUUCACCGAUCAAAAAAUGUUCUCAAUUGUCACCAAACUUCAAAGUUGCCUUCAAGUAGAUUUGGAGUCUUGCAAUUUUUUGUUUAUUUUUAGAGUUUUUGCAAACGCCAAACUAUCUUUCUUGUCGUUGUGCAAACAGGGCCUGAAGCAGGAAUGACACUAAAUAGAAGAAGAAGCAAAAGAAGCAGUAAAAUUGAAAUCGUCUAGAAUGAAAUUGCAAAUUUAAUUCCCAGAAGAAAAAUGUACUCAUUAUCGAUCAACUUAUCCACGUUCAUCAAGCAAAAACUCUUCACUGAGCACUUUUGACCAGGAUUGUUCUAAAUACUUCAAGAAGUGGGAUAACAUUUUUAAAAAGGGCAUUAAAAAUGCUUUUUUUUAAUAUGUCUGAAGAAUUUCAGUUCCCGUUCAUACGUAUCCCUUUAUUUACAAUUUUGUUAUAUUUUGUUUGUUUGUUUGUUUGUGUAUUGGCCCUACCUCUAGCCUGCGCUACAGACCAAACUUGACCGGGGUUAAAUUACGUCUGUGAUCUCCACUCUUAUUCGAUAAAAACGGUCGUGGAAAACGCACCUUUCUUGAAAACGCUCUCCUCAGUAGAAAUGUUGAAAACGCCGGUCUAUUUUAACCGUGUGGACAGUUACUAAGAUCUUCCGUGGGAUAAAUUUCACAGCCACCUUGGCUUUUUGAAGACUUGAGGAUAACUUAAAGCGGUAUUCUUUCGGGAAAAAUGUUUAUGCUUGUUAAUUCGGCAACUACGACUUUAUAACUAGGUUUUCGAAAAUCAGAGUUUAAACGACUCAACGGAAGUCCACGUACAAGAUCUCGGAGCUUCUGAGUUAGAGCAGCACGCGUAAUAGAGCUUAGUGAGACAUCUUUGUCGAUCAAACAUUGAUGUUAGGGGAAUGGGAAAAGAAUUUAGAAUGAUUCAAAGCCUGUCAGUAUUAAUACAAUAUUCGUUUUUGCACGGUCGAAGGCGAUUCGAACUAAAAAUACUAUGAGUGGACGCAACUGUUCAUUGAAAACGGAAUACCACUGCGUUUUCAAACAAAGAAGGAUAUGUGUUAGUGUGGACGAGGGCCAUAGACUUAUUUGUUCGUUUUAAUUUUGUUGUUGUUUGGCUAAGGUACAAUGUUUCAAACGUUCUUGUCAGUUUUGAAAUUACCGUGACUGUUCCUUUUUUCGUUUUUCCUUGCAGCUUCUGGAGAAAGUAGGCUUCGGAAACGUUAAAGCCGUAGACAACACUGCCAGAUUUGUUGAAGUUCUCAAAGUAGAAAGAGCAAGAUUUGAAGCAGAGAAAAGUUUAUUUUUGAAGGUACAAGAAAGUAUAUGUAUGAAUUAUCAUCUCCUUCAGAAAAUAAUAGUCCAAGCAAUAUUCUGCAAGGAGAAGUAAGGAAGAAUAGAUAAAACAGAUACACGUAUUGCAAGGGUUUAUGGAGACAUCAGGGCCAUUUAUACUAUUAAAAGUAAAACGCGCGUGUUACAUAAGACUCUUCCCAAAUAAGAUGCAAACUGUACCAUUUAUACCAGCAUGUCUCACCUAAGACGAAACCAACUCCUAUAAAUGGCCCUAUUAAGCCCAGUGCAAACGGCCAACAACUCCCAUUAUUGCUGGGAGUUGUUGCGUUCGUUUACGCGUAGCUGAAAGUUUGACCGGUUUCAAACUUUGUGCAACAACUCCUAACAACACGCAGCAAGCCAACGUGCAAAAGGGUGCGCAAACGGACGUAACUUGUAACAUCCAACAUUUUUUUAUGACUGGAAAUUUUUUUUCCAACAGCGCGUGCUCUCAUUGGUUACUUCGAGGUCACAUGACAUCUAACAAUGAAAAUGUUUCCCGCCAAAAUCUCUGAGCGGGUCAACCUCGUUCCCAGGGUUCCCUCUCUUUCCUCGAGAAAGAACGGCUGGUUGCGUAGCUCCUAAAAUCUAGGAGCCAAAAAUAAGAGAGGGGAAGAAAAGUAAAUAAUUGUCACUAUGACGAAAGUUACUCUGUCGGGGCCCAGAGAGGAGUUUACCGCCUUGUUUAUUAUCAGCUGAUUACGCGUAGCCUGUGUACAGGCUUCCCCCCUCCCUCAGGAAAAAUCGGGAGAGGAGACUUUUCCUGAGGGAGGGGGAACGUCUGUACAAGGCUAACUACGCGAGUUUUUGAAAAUAUCUACAACACCCGAUUUUUCCUGAGGGAGGGUGGACGUCUGUACACAGGCUAAUUACGCGAGUUUUUGAAAAUAUCUACAACACCCGAAAAAUAGUGUAACCCUUGGAACGAGGUUGGCUAUUUACUUGGUAUAUGGUGCACCAGCCGAUAAAUUAACCAAAGCGGAGAAUACCAUAACAAUCUUUAAACUGCCGACUGGGUGGUGAUUCAUGUAAACCUGACUUUUGCGUUAUCUUUUCCCUUUCAUGAACUGCACGUGCGGAGUAUGCAAAUUUAAGAAAAGCUGAUUUUGCACGUGCAAAUCGAAAUAAAUUUUCCGUAUCCUGUUGGCAGGAGGUCGAGUGAUUUUUUUCAAGUACAAACUCUCUAAACAAAUAACUUGUUUUGCCUUAAAAAUAACGUUAUCGUAAGUAGCCGAAAGUAACGCAGUUUGCAUGCAACUCAGAACAGUCGACAAAAUUUAGUGGAGGACCUACCCCCGCUGCGCAAUUUAUUAGGCACCUUAAACAAGGACGACGACGACGGCAGUGAAAAGGUCGGUAAAAAUGUGAAUUUGGGUUCUUUCAAACUUAAUCGCGUCUGGUUGGACCCGCUCAAUAUGUCAAAUGCAGGCGACUUUUCCUGGAGUUGAAUUCUUAAGGAUUUUAUUCAAGUUCAAAAAGAGGAAGGAAAAUUCGUCGUCGUAUGUCUACGUCCUCCAUGAAACGUCCAAUUAGGAGGUUUCACGUCGUAGUCGUGCAGUGGCAUCAAAGAAAUGUGCUAAAAAACGUGAUGCACGUGCAGAGCUGUUGUUUUGUUCAUUAAACCUAUUGUUUUUUGAACUUGUCGUCGUUGUGGUCGUCGUCGUAGUUGCUUAAGCUCCCUAUUGACACACAUUUCCACGUGAGCGGCUGCAACCAGGGUUCUUUCUCGAAGCAAGAGAGAUAACCCUGGGAACGAGGUUGAAAGCGGGCAACGUUGCAAAAUCUAUGACGUCAGAGGGUAACAGUGCACUGUUACCCUCGAAUGAACGACCGACCGCCGUUACAGCGAGGUUUAAUGAACUUGCAGCUAAAAAAGACCCUUGGGAAACAUUGAGAUUCUCGGGAAACCAAAUUAACUGUUUCCCUCGGGACCAGUUAUGAAGUGUUUAAUGUUGGGAGUUUCCUGCCAACAAUGUUGCGUCCGUUUGCACGAGGCUUUAUGCUUUAGUCAGCUAUAUAAUUUAUUCUUGGCAAUCAUUUGUUCUUUAUCUUUUAACCAGGACUUUACCAAAGAGGACUUUGAGUACCUUGUUGAGAACUGGGAAACCAAACUUGAUCGCUGUGGCCGGGGAGACCAGAAAUGGGGCCUCUUUCAUGCCCGAAAAUAA